CGUCAUACACUUCGACCGCGCGCAUGCGCAUGGCAGCGCAACUGCGUCACUUCCUGAUUCUGCAUCUGACGUGUCGAAAAACUGUUUUGCACAAGUGGUGGAGCCAACUCGCCGGGGGGAUUAUUUACUAUUUUAGUAUUUUGGGUUACGUGUUGGCAAGAUGCUCGAUUUUUUCACCAUCUUCAGCAAAGGUGGAAUAGUGCUGUGGUGCUUUCAGGGAACCGGUGUCACCGAGUCCUUCACCGGGCCCGUCAACGCCCUGAUCCGCUCCGUGAUCCUGCAGGAACGGAGUGGAAAUAACUCCUUCACUCAUGAAUCCCUGAAUCUCAAAUAUAAACUGGACAACGAGUUUGAGUUGAUUUUUGUGGUGGGUUUUCAGAAGAUCCUAACGCUGACCUAUGUGGACAAGUUCAUAAAUGACGUCCAGCUGCAUUUCAGGGACCGUUAUAAGAAUGAACUGGAGCAAAAGGGAGUGAUUAAGCUUCUCAACCACAGCUUCGAAUUUGAGGAUGACUUCAAAGUGCUUCUUCGAGAGGCAGAAGAGGGUAGCAGGGCUCGGAGCCCGGCACCUAUGCGCUCCUUUAAGGAGUCUGAAAAAUCCCAAAAAACUGUGAAGUCAAUGAUAGAAAUAAAGGGUGGGGACAAAGAAAAAGAUCAGGGUAGCAAGAAAAGCAAGAAUACCAAAAAGGAAGCUCCUCCGGUGGACCUUGUCAAAGCAGAUCAAGGCAAAGGCACAUCUUCUACCCCAAAGCUGGUUGAAAACGGCAACCACGGCCUUACUCCUGAAGAGAUCAUGCAGAAGAAGAGAGAGGAGUUCUUUCGCAAGCGUGCAGUGGGACCUGCUGAAAAAGUCAGUAAGUCUCCAAAGCCUCAGAAGCCCAAGGAGAAACAGAGGCGCGUUUGGGAGAUGACUGGCAGCAGCACCAAGGACCUGGACUUCAGUGACAGGAACGGAGAGAGUUCCCCUGAUUGUGACCAAAGCCCGGAUGCACCCAUUGCUACUGGGAUGCAGCUCACCCCCAUGAUUGGAGAUUUGCCAUCUGUGGAAUGUGAUUCCAGUGAUGAGGAGGAGGAGGAGGAGGAGGAAGAAGAGAGAGUAGUUGUCAAUGCAACAAUCAAGACAAGUGCCAAGAAGAGUGGCGGCUUUGGCGGCAUGUUUGGCAUGCUGAAAGGCUUGGUGGGCUCCAAGAGUCUGAACCUGGAGGACAUGGAGCCGGUUUUAGAGAAGAUGAGGGAGCACCUCAUUGCGAAGAAUGUAGCAGCCGAAAUUGCCUCACAGCUUUGUGACUCUGUAGCCAAAAAACUGGAAGGCAAAGUCAUGGGCACCUUCACCACUGUUGCCUCAACAGUAAAGCAGGCCCUGCAAGAGUCGCUGGUGCAGAUUCUGCAGCCCAAGCGCAGGGUGGAUAUUCUGCGAGACGUCAUGGAGGCGCAGGGCCAGAGGAGACCUUUCGUCAUUACGUUCUGUGGCGUCAACGGGGUUGGAAAGUCCACCAACCUGGCAAAGAUCUCAUUCUGGCUCAUUGAAAACGGUUUCACUGUGCUGAUCGCUGCCUGUGACACGUUCCGCGCCGGGGCGGUGGAACAGCUGCGAACCCACCAGCGCCGCCUCAACUCACUGCACCCUCCUGAGAAGCACGGAGGACGAACGAUGGUCCAGCUCUAUGAGAAGGGCUACGGGAAGGAUGCUGCUGGGAUUGCAAUGGAGGCCAUUGCCUAUGCUCGCAACCAGGCUUUUGACGUGGUGCUGGUGGACACCGCGGGGCGUAUGCAGGACAACGCGCCCCUCAUGACAGCCCUGGCGAAACUCAUUGCUGUCAACAUGCCUGACCUUGUGCUGUUCGUCGGGGAGGCUCUGGUGGGCAACGAGGCAGUCGAUCAAUUGGUCAAGUUCAAUCAGGCUCUGGCUGACCACUCCAUGUCGGAGAAACCUCGCCUCAUCGACGGCAUCGUGCUGACCAAAUUUGACACCAUCGACGACAAGGUUGGCGCGGCGAUCUCCAUGACCUACAUCACGGGCCAGCCAAUAGUGUUUGUGGGCACCGGUCAGACGUACAACGACCUGCGUAGUCUCAACGCCCGCGCUGUGGUCAGCGCCCUGAUGAAGGCUUAGAAUGGCAGCAGGCUCCGAUGUUUGUCGUUGGACAUUGCGAGGAAGCCGACAUUCUCAUUUUGCCGUGCUGCCAAGGGAUGCUUGAGCCCCCCUGCUAAAAGCCCGCGCUUUGCCGUUCUUUACCGCCCUGUCUCAUGUCCUGUUUUUUUUUUUUCUGCUCAUUGCACCAUCGUCCCAGCUUCAGGCCAGCGUGAAAGGACGGCGCUGCAUUUGAAAACCGCACAACCGGAGGAGGCCUCCCUUUUACUUUUACACUUAAGGAUUUGGGCCAAAUUGACAAGUACCUCAUUAUCAGUUUUGAAUCACUCCCGACUGAUGGACCUUUGUUUACCCAGUAAGAACGAGUUGUCAACCCCCCCCCUCCCACCCCCCUUAACUAAAUCAGGUCAGGUUGGCAGCAGCUGCCUGUGAAAUGCUUCGUGACCAUAGUGCCUAUUUGUCUCCUGCCUGCUGUCUUGGUUACCACUCACAUCAAAGACACAUGGGAACGAAUCCGACUCAGAGGUGGAAACGUGGCGUUGGAUUCAGUUGACGGUAAUGAAUUGGAUUUAAAUGUAUACUGAUACAUUGUCUCAAGUGAGCCAUGCAGCCGCACAAGAGCAUUUGAUCCAGCAUGCAAUAGAAAAAAAAAACAAAUACAACCUCAGAAUAUCUGUUGAGAGCCCCAAACAUAUUUAACCCACAAAUAUCCGUAACGUAAUUAUCGACAUUACUUGAGGUGCUGAAUUAUAUUUUUCCCCCCUAUAAAUGUAUUAUGGCCCGGUUCCUCACCACUGCUUUGAAGGAUCACGUUUGUUCUAAUUUAAGGAGUAUUGUAUCAUGUUCUUUACCAGCCUAAUUCAGAAAUUAAUCCCAGAGGAGGCCCGUACGUUUGUAAAUGAAUGAUUGCUGUGACCCGUUUCCCCAAGAAUGGUUAUUUAUGUUUCCCCCCACGGGUUUCUUAAUCCGUUCAUAGGAGGACCUCAGCCAAGCAUCUCCUCACUUAAACUUCAUCAACUUAAAACAUCAAUGCAAUAUUAGCGGAUCGAAGGUUAUUUGAGCUAAUUUAUGAGAAUGUAAACAUUUCUAAGUAAAGCUGUUGUACACGGCAUACAUUGUGGAACUUCCUGCGUUGUUGUCCCCGUUCAUUGUCCGACUCAACGAUACAACCAAUGCAAAUGAGAUGCCAAAAGCUUUAUUUUGAAAAUUGUACUUAUAAAUACGAUAUCACAAACACACACAUCGGUACUUAAAAAUACAAAAUACUUACAAAGAACAUGUCUGCACCAGUGGCAAGUUGCUCCUUGCAGGACAACGGCUUUCAAAAAAGGAACAAAAUUCGAAUUGUCUCUAACAUAUUUGUGCCAGUCCUGUAUGCAGUACAGCGCAAAUGAAAAGUUACCCUUUUGUUGGGUGUUGCGUUUGGCAGACGCCAACCUUGUAGGAUUUGUGUGCGUUUGCAUGCAGUGAGUAGGGGGUAACAUGAAGAUACCCCUUCCAAUGUGAUGACUAAUGGGCGAGCGAUCACAGAUCACAUCUCUCAUAGUUUACCAUCAACAGCAGAGACGUAUUUCUGGAGUGUCCCAAACUUCCAUUUAGCUUCCCUUUUAAAUAACAAUGUUGGGGGGGGAACGACAUACAUAGUUAAUCCAAUCAGCUGCUAUACUUGCAGCAGACUGCCCCCUUGUUGUAAGGAAAUGCACAA